AUGAGUACAACUUCUGUGGAACAAACAUCUGAGCAGACAAGCAAAGACACUUUAAUGCACAAGUAUUUAAUAAAGAAACAAACCAAAAAGGUGAGGUGGACCAAAGAAGAAGAUGCCGCCUUACUAGAUUCUGUCCGGAGGAAUGGGGAGACCAAUUGGUCCAAAGUAGUACUAGACAUUCCAAAUCGAACGAAGAAACAAUGCAGAGAGCACUAUAUUAAUUCUUUGAGUACAUUAAUAUCAAAAGACCCGUUCACAGCAGAAGAAGAUAAAAUAAUUCUUCAAAUGCAAAAAGAUAUUGGUAAUCAUUGGGUUUUGAUAUCGAAGGAGUUAUAUGGAAGAACACCGAAUGCAGUUAAAAAUAGAUAUUGUUCCCAUUUGAGCAAAAUCAAACAUAAUAUGAACAAACAUGAACAGGCGUGUACAAAGAUUCGAUCAAUUGUACUCAAGUCUUUGGGAACAAAAUCUGCCUUUGUUCCUGUUGAAAAAGAGAUGUUUGAGAUAUUUAAUUAUAAUACAGUUAGUCGGAAAACGUUGUCCUGGGCUUUUUGGUCAAUGAAAACUGGAAAAUACCGGGAUCAUGUUCAAAAUAUAAAAAAAUCGUCGUUUCAGUUUUUUUCCCAAUUUUUUCAAUUUUUACCUAAUUCCUGGGGGUUUAAACAAUUAUUUGUGUAUAAAUUGAUAAAAAAACAACUUUGGUGA